GGCCUCUCCGCACACUUGCUGCCUCGGCGGGAGGCGCCGUCCCGGGCUGCCAUGGCGCUGCGUGUGGCCGUGUUCGACCUCGACGGGGUGCUGGCGCUGCCCGGGGUCUCUGGCGCCCUCGGCAGCACCGAGGAGGCCCUGGCGCUGCCCAGAGGCUUUCUGAAUGAAGUUUUCCAGGAAGGAGGCCCAGAUGGUUCUACUGCCCGCCUCAUGAGAGGAGAGAUCACAUUUUCCCAGUGGGCGCCGCUCAUGGAAGAAAACCGCAAGAAACACUGCGAGGCCUCUGGAAUCCGCCUCCCCGAGGAUUUCUCUCUGAGUCAAAUCAUUGGCAAGGUGAUUUCAGCAAGAAAGAUCAACCAGCCCAUGCUCCAGGCAGCUGUCACUCUCAGAAAGAAGGGAUUUACGACCUGCAUCCUCACCAACAACUGGCUGGACGACCGAGCCGAGCGAGGCGGCCUGGCCCGAAUGAUGUGUGAGCUGAAGCCGAACUUUGACUUCCUGAUAGAGUCGUGUCGGAUCGGAAUGGCCAAGCCUGACCCUCAGAUCUACAAGUUUGCUCUGGACACCCUGAAGGCCAACCCCAGUGAGGUUGUUUACUUAGAUGACAUCGGGGCUAAUCUGAAGCCAGCCCGGGACUUGGGAAUGGUCACCAUCCUCGUCCGCGACACUGACACGGCCCUGAGAGAACUGGAGAAAGUAACUGGGACACAGGUAAGUUGACCUCUGAACACCCCUACGCCCAGGCCCUCAGAAUGUGACUUGUCUGUUCUCAGCCAUCUUCAUGUAACAUCGAUCGGGCCCGGGGUCCGUCUGCAUUUUGUGGAGCUGGGCUCCGGCCCUGCCGUGUGCCUCUGCCAUGGAUUUCCUGAGAGCUGGUUCUCUUGGAGGUACCAGAUCCCUGCUCUGGCCCAGGCGGGUUACCGGGUUCUAGCUGUGGACAUGAAAGGCUACGGAGAGUCUUCCGCUCCUCCUGACAUAGAAGAAUAUUGCAUGGAAGUGUUAUGUAAGGAGAUGGUAACCUUCCUGGAUAAGCUGGGCCUCUCUCAAGCCGUGUUCAUCGGCCACGACUGGGGAGGCGUGCUGGUGUGGAACAUGGCUCUCUUCUACCCCGAGAGAGUGAGGGCGGUGGCCAGUUUGAAUACUCCCUUCUUCCCGGCAGAUCCCAGCGUGCACCCCCUGGAGAGUAUCAAAGCCAACCCAGUGUUUGACUACCAGCUCUACUUCCAAGAACCCGGAGUGGCUGAAGCUGAACUGGGACAGAACCUGAGUCGGACUUUCAAAACCUUCUUCAGAGCAAGUGACGAGACUGUUUUAGCCGUGCACAGAGUCCGUGAAAUGGGAGGACUCUUUGUGAAGACCCCAGAAGAGCCCAGCCUCAGCAGGAUGGUCACUGAGGAGGAAGUCCAGUUCUACGUGCAGCAGUUCAAGAAGUCUGGUUUCAGAGGCCCCCUAAACUGGUACCGAAACAUGGAAAGGAACUGGCGGUGGGGCUGCAAAGGCUUGGGACGGAAGAUCCUGAUCCCAGCGCUGAUGGUGACGGCGGAGAAGGACUUUGUGCUCGCUCCUCAGAUGUCCAAGCACAUGGAGGGCUGGAUCCCCCACCUGAAGAGGGGACACAUCAAGGACUGUGGGCACUGGACACAGAUGGAGAAGCCCGCCGAGCUGAAUCAGAUCCUCAUCGAGUGGCUGGAGGCCGACGCCCGGAACCCGCCGGUGGUCUCGAAGAUUUAGUGCCCGGCAUGGGCCAGCGCCCAGCAGGUGCACCCAUGCCCCGUCUGCCGGGGCACUGUCCUUCCUGUCCAGAGGUGGCCCUGCACGCGUCUCCGGUGACCAGCAGCAUUGUUCUGAAAAGAUUCACAAAAAAGUGAUUUUCUUUGAAUGCAGUGAAUCAAACUUGAUGUCAUUUUAGAUCCAGGAGAAAUCGGGUGUUAUUAAUCCUCCAGGUACAAAUAUCGUCCCUUUAUCUCUAAGAACCAUUAACGUCCUGUGGGGGGAUAGAAUGGGGCGGCCAGAUGGUGAUUUGUCUUCGACUAACCGAUUCAUAGUUUUGCAGCAGAAUCAGCCGUUCAUUUUGGAGCAUCUCAGUAGCACUGAGGCUGCUUUAUCCAAUAAAGCUAAGACGACAGUGCCGUUGCUCUUUGUGUUCUUGGGACAGCAGAGUAAUUGUUCAGAGAAUGACACUUUCCCUCUGCUCUUGAGCCCUGCUCUGGUGGCCCAGGCGCUGUGUGAUCUAGACCAGCGCUGUCCGGGCUUCCUGGGAGGGGGCGGUGGUCUGCUGUGCCCUGUCCCGUGGAGUAGCCACUGGCCACAGGGAGCCGCGUGCCCUUUCUCCCGACUUCCCCAGCAGGGUUUACUCGGGUACACACGUGCACCACGCACUUGAAAUGUGCUAGUGAGACUGAGGAAGUGAGUUUUAAAGUGAAUGCUUCCACCUGCCACCUCCCGCACCGAGUUCCCAGGCUGGGUCCCACGCCCCUUCUCCCUGCUCCCCUAGCACGCACAGUCUGCACGACCGCCCCGCUGCACUGGCUGCAGGGGGAGCUAGCGGAGGACGUGGUCUCUGCAAGCUGAGUUCCCCAUGACGAUGAGCGUAAGUUGGCCAGGCCACACGGGCAUGUGUGUCCAAGUGUGGGAACACCCCGAGGGGUGGUCGUCCUCGUACCCCUGUGUGCUUGGAGUCGCGUGUACCACCUCUGAUCCAUCCAAAGGGUCCUUCCUAUUUUAACAGAUGGGGAAACUGAAGUUUAGAUAACUUGCCCAGGGUCUCUUGGCUGAUUGGUGGCAGAGCCUGCAUUCGGACUCAUGCUCUCUGAUUCCCAAGGCUGGGUUCUUUCUAUGCCAGAUUUUCUCCUUUCUAACUCUGGAGCCAGACCACCUAGGCUAGACAUCUGGCCUGCCGCUUACCCAUGUGUGACCUCGAGAAAGGGUUUCUGUGCCCCAGUUCCUUCACCUAUAAAAAUGGAACAUUAGUGGGACCUAACUCGUAUUAAGUAUGUUCAUAUACACCGGGUUCUACCACAGUGCCUGGCACAGAGGAGUGCCAGUUUAUCCCAGGACAAGACCUCCGAGGCUUCAAGUUUGCAGACACAUCGCCACCUUCAUCCUUCUGCACUUGAGAACUAAGGGGCUCAGUUAAAAGACAAGCCUGUGACCUAGGGGAGUGGCUA